AUGCCAUCUUCGGUUGGAGGCUCAUCUGGAGUUGUUCAGUACUCUAUCAGCCAGGCAGGGGGCACUCAGUCUCGAGUUCCAGAUCAGGGAAGUUUUUCAGCUUCUUCGUUGUCAGUUCAGAGGCCUACUCUUGAUCGUGCCUCCUUUGAGUGUGGCGAGCAGGGGCACAUCAAGAGGUUUUGUCCAAGACUCAGACAAGAUAGCCAGAGUGGUAGAGGUUACACUCAGCCUAACAGAGGCGGUUAUCAGUCCGGCAGAGGUGGAUAUCAGUCUGGUAGGGGUGGUUAUCAGACAGUUCAGGGGGACCGUGAAGGUUCUCCGGCAAGCGGUGGGCUUGCCCAUUGCUAUGCUAUUCCAGGCAGGACAGAGGCCGAGGGCUCAGAUGCAGUUAUCACAGGAACUGUCUCAGUCUGUCACCGGUAG